GAGUCCCUCUACCAGUGUGAUAGAACGCCUUCCAUAAUCAACCACUCCCCUGAACAGGCGAAUUCGCUCUCGGCGCCUUUUCCGAUUUCAAAAACAGUCUUCCAGUUUUAUCGACGCGACUUUCCAUCAUGUCGACAACAGCUCGCCGUCGUUUGAUGCGGGACUUCAAGCGGAUGCAAACAGAUCCUCCGGCUGGCGUGUCCGCGUCUCCCGUCCCCGACAAUGUUAUGACAUGGAAUGCCGUCAUCAUUGGGCCUGCAGAUACACCUUUCGAAGAUGGAACCUUCAGGCUCGUGAUGCACUUUGAGGAGCAGUAUCCCAACAAGCCGCCGGCGGUCAAGUUUAUUAGCCAGAUGUUCCAUCCCAAUGUCUACGCGACCGGGGAGCUAUGCUUGGACAUCCUCCAAAACAGGUGGAGCCCGACGUACGACGUCGCCGCGGUUCUGACAAGCAUCCAGAGUCUGCUAAACGACCCCAAUACGGGAUCCCCAGCAAACGUGGAGGCCUCGAACCUAUACAAGGACAACAGGAAGGAAUAUACCAAACGGGUCCGGGAGACGGUGGAGAAGAGCUGGGAAGACUAAGCAUGUUGCUAUGUUGCCAUAGUGGACAAAAGUUAUCGCCCGGGUCCGUCCGGUUCGGCCCCGAACCACUGGGGGUUGGCGCCGCAAGGAGGAGGCGAUGGAUAUGUCAGGUGAUGAGAAUGGCCAAGCUCAGUGGAAGUGGCACCCGAGGCAUUGCGAGUUUGGCUGUCCAGCAUGCCCAGUAUGUCACAGCCUGCGCGGCAGAAACCCGGCCUUUGCAAAGUGGGGGUAUGGCGUUUGGUGGCAUACGGCGUUGCUUGUUCGGGGCCACUCUUGCAAUCUGCCUCGUUACUCUGGUGGUCUUCAUUAGUUGCCUUCUAUUUUUGUUUAUUUUGGGCGAAGUGGAGCUGGAGCUUGAUAUUACUUGGGUCAAGAUUGGGGAUUAGCGAUUAGCAUACAACCGCAUUAGGCCGAGUUACUAGU